ACUGUAUGUGAGCGCAACGGAGCGCAGUAUUUGUGCGGACUUGAGGCACACAACGCUCAGUUCCUUAAAGAGAAAAAUAAACAAGGAUACCACCGAAUCGAUCAGGGAUCUUUAAGCAGGGAAUCGCCGAUGGGAUCUACGUCUCGCAUGCGACACGAGCCUCUGUGCCGUAGACCUGCUGCCACAGACGAUUCAUCUGUACGGUACAGCAUCUUGACAGACUGAUUUAUAUAUGCAUUAUAAAGAGCUACCGGGCGCCGUGUUUUCAUAUCCCCCUGCUGCUCUCUUUAUCGUCUGCGUCUGUGUUCGGACCGAUUAUUUGUCUAAUUGACUCUUCCAUCAGUGCUUUGUGACGGUGGCUAUAUAAUCCUGAUACACAUAUAGCUAAUAUACACGACCAGAGGAGCUGCAGUGGAGGACGGGCAUCGCUUGGAGAUUUUUCCUAGCAGGGGGACUCGAUCAGCAUCCACUUGUUUCUGCUUUACCGGGGUAACAUUGAACCCAAUGGCCGUGUUUUAUUCUUGACACUUCUUUACCGCAGGGGGAAUUUCUUCAGUCAUUUUCUAAUCAGACUCGGGCUUCACCAUCAUCUCGCUAUAAUGUAGACGCUCACGUCCAUACGCUCACCGUCAGUGUUAAUUUCUUGAGUAUUCAUUGGGAACGAACCAGGGCCUUCUUGUGAUAUUUCUUUCCACCAAAAUGCCGGCUGGAAUGAAGCCUCUUGAAAAGUUCUUGAAAAAGCAGACCAAUGCGCUCACGCGGGCGGGUGGUUUUGGGGAUAAGGCCACGGGCACCGGGGCGUCCAGGCGGCGGGCGAGCCUGUCCCGUGUGGUGCCGUUCUUCAGGGAGACGUCUCCCGAGAGCGGACCGGCAAGGGAGGUGUUCAGCCCGGAGACCGAAGAAGCGCCUUGCUGGCCUUCGGCCACUGCGGACAUCAGGAGCCCCUCGCUGUCCAGCGAUGAGCAGAGCUCAGAGGCGAGUCUGGACACGAACUGGACCCCUCUGCCCGCGGACACCCCACAGAAUGUAGCGCUGGCGCUGCUGGAUAGUGUGGCGGGAAAGCGGUACGCCAACUGCACAGAAAUACUCCUUGAUGACUUCAUGCUGACACACCCGAUCUUCUUGGCCCCAGACAAGUUCCAGCAGGUCUUGCUUCAACAAUUCAAUGCAGACGGGAAGCAGGGUGAAGGCUGGCCCGGCUGGGAUGGAGCGGAGCGGAAAGUUGCGGUUCUGACCGUGGCCUUCCGAUAUCUGGAUACGUAUAGAGACUUAUUGCAGGAGGAGGGAGAACGGUCCAAUACCUUCCCAAAGGAACUGUAUCUGUGUGCUGUUCAAGAUCUCAGCCGCUUUCCAGAGCUGGUGGAGGACGUCCUGAAGCUCCAGCGCUGGAGUGAGAUACUACAAAGCCCGGCAGAGGAGGACAAGGAGAGCCGUAAGAAGCAAGUUCGUCCACUUUUCCGACACUUUCGGCGUAUCGAUGCCUGCCUACAGCCCCGAGAGGCUUUCCGCGGCUCAGAUGAGAUCUUCUGCAGGGUUUACACACCAGAUCACUCGUACGUCACCAUUCGCAGUCGCCUGUCGUGCCGUGUCGGGGAGAUCUUGGCGCUAGUGAAAGAAAAGCUCCAGUAUAGCGAGGAUCAGCCCACCCAACCUGCCAACCUCAUACUGGUGGCGGUCACCUCAUCUGGGGAGAAGGCUGUGUUCCGUCCCAGCGACGAGGCUGUUUUCACAACUUUGGGCGUCAACACCCACCUGUUUGCCUGCGAACCUUUGGAGCUGGAGAGCCUGAUACCCCUCCCAGAGGAGAUCCACUGGUCACCGGGUGACAGCAAACUCCAUGACAUGAGCGCAGAGGAGGUGGCCAAUCAGCUGGUGGUGUUUGACUGGGAGCUGUUCAGCUGUGUGCACGAGGUGGAGUUUGUGUGUUACGUGUUCCACGGAGAACAGGCUCGCUGGCGCCCCCUUAACCUGGAACUGAUACUGCAGCGGUGCAGCGAGGUGCAGCACUGGGUCGCAACGGAGAUCCUGCAGUGCCAGUCGCUUCCAAAGAGGAUACAGCUGCUGCGCAAGUUCAUAAAGAUCGCAGCCUUAUGUAAACAGCAGCAGGAUCUGCUGUCUUUUCUGGCGUUGGUUUUGGGUUUGGACAAUCCUGCAGUCAGUCGCCUACGCCUGACCUGGGAAGGUUUGCCAGGAAAGUUCCGGAAGCAGUUUCAGCAGUUCGAGGGCAUUGCGGACCCAUCUAGGAACCACAAGUCAUACAGGGACCUCCUAGCAAGCCUGAGAGCUCCUCUCAUACCCUUCACUCCACUGCUGCUAAAGGAUUUGACCUUCCUCCAUGAGAGCUGUAAGAGUUUCCAUGGGGAACUGGUUAAUUUUGAAAAAAUGCACAAAGUGGCCGAAAUGGUUCGAAGCAUCAGGCGGUUUAGGAGCAGUCAGCUAGCGGUGGAGGCCGAGCCGUCCCCUUCUCACCUCCAGACGAAAGCGUACGUCAGGCAACUGCAGGUCAUCGACAAUCAGAAUCUGCUGUUUGAGAUGUCCACCAAGCUGGAGCCAAAAGACAUGUGAACAUACAAGCCAUAUCUACACAACCUCUCUUUCCCUUCAAUAAAUCCCAGACGCGCCACGCUUCAUCGUCGCAGAUCAACCCAGCUGUGCUGUCAAUCAUCUCAGGCUCCGCCUCCACACCAGAAAACUCAUUCAUGGAAACGGUGUGAAUUGUGAUUUGAGUGAAUCUGUGUCAAUGUUCUGAGUAUCACCACACGUAAAGGUCUGGAUUUUAUAUUACGCUUUUCUCGCUGUUCUCAACUGAAGGGAAACCUGUUUGCACUGCCAUCAGUUGAACGAACCAAACGGACAGCCGACCGUGUCGCCGGCUUAGUCAUAAUAAUAAUCUCUACUGGACUUUUCACGCAGGCCGUCUGAAACGCAGAAUGAUUUGAUCGUACAACCCUUUCGUUAUCCCAAACAUCUCUUACAACAUGAGACAAUCUGACCUCCUGACCUUUGGUCGUCCCAACCCCCCUCCCGCCAACAUGGGCACUUACUGCGACCCUCAUUAGACAUUAGUGUUCUGUACAUAUAAUGGAUCCCCAGCCAUCAAAAGAGUCCCAAAUCCAAGACCAGCUCCUAUGUACAGAAUCUUCAACUGUACCUGUUCAUGUAAAUAAGUCUCAAGAGAUUCACCUAAACACUACAGCAAGCUAACGAAAGCCAAAUAAGAUUUGGUCACUCUUAUAUAUACAAGAUUGAUAAGACCAAAAAUAAGUGACCUAAUGCAGUAUUUUCGCUUUUUACUGUGACAACCUCAGAAUUUAUCAACUAUUUUAACGUUAAUAUAUGUAUGGCCCAAAGCUGACCUUUACACCGUCGAGCAUUUUGUCCCAAUACGCCCUGGCCAUAUGUUAAAAGGACAAACGCUAAAGUCAGGGAAAAAGUCAACUCUCAUGAUUGAAAAAGUUUUCUUUUAACUUAUCAUAAGCUACAAAGACUGUACGGAUCGACUCGUCUUGGAUUGGACUCUCAAGAUCUCGUCCCGAGGUCAUACAAGAGAACGCCUGUAAGGCUUCACUGUACAUACAUUAUGUAAAUAGCGAAAUAAAUAUUAAUGACUCUAUUUUAUGUAAGAGAUACAGUAUGAGAAGGACUCUCAAAAGGAAUAUUUGUUUUGUAAAUCAAAGAAAAAAAUGUACGUGUACAGUUUAAAAGAAGACUCGGACAGUGUCUGAGGUUUACGAAGAAAGAAUUGUAUAGUAUAUUUGCUGGUUUCGUUGUUUGGGUUUGAUAUCAUUUCUUAUACAUUACAGAUGACUUGUACAUAUCCUCUGUUUUGGUUGCAUUGUUUUUUUUGCGUUCUUUAUCUGCAAUGGAUGAUUUGUACAGCAUGUUGGUGGUUUAUUUGGAUUCUGCUGUUUUUAUUUAGUCAACAUUUACUCAGUUUUAUCUUUUUAAAGCGGGUAUUCUAUUGUUGUUUUGGUUUUGUACAGAAGUCCGUGUUUACAGUGCGAUUCUCUGAAACUCAGACAUGUCCAAUGAAAGACAAGAGGGCGGGGUGGACACUGCCCCUCCAACUUUCUUGAUUUGAGACAAAAAUGCAUCUAAAAUAAAGCCUCUUGUGAUGAGCACUUGAGCCAAACUG